AGAGCUGAGUGCAGCCAACGAGUAAAUAUGUCCCCUGAAGUUGCCUUGAACAGAAUUUCUCCAUCACUUUCUCCUUUGAUUUCCAAUGUGGUCAGAAAUGGAAAAGUAGGAUUGGAUGCAACAAACUGUUUAAGAAUUACAGAUCUGAAAUCUGGCUGUACAUCCUUAACUCUUGGACCAAGCUGUGAUCGUUUUAAGUUGCAUAUUCCAUAUGCUGGAGAAACACUCAAAUGGGAUAUAAUUUUUAAUGCGCACUAUCCAGAACUGCCACCUGACUUUAUCUUUGGAGAAGAUGCUGAAUUCCUCCCUGAUCCCUCUGCCUUACAUAACCUGUCCUCGUGGAAUCCCUCAAACCCUGAAUGCCUCCUGCUUGUUGUGAAAGAACUUGUGCAACAAUAUCAUCAGUUCCAGUGUAGCCGAUUACGUGAGAGCUCUCGCCUCAUGUUUGAAUAUCAAACAUUACUUGAAGAACCUCAGUAUGGCGAGAACAUGGAAAUCUAUGCUGGCAAAAAAAAUAACUGGACUGGUGAAUUUUCAGCUCGUUUCCUUUUGAAAUUGCCAGUGGAUUUCAGCAACAUCCCUACUUAUCUUCUCAAGGAUGCAAACGAAGACCCUGGGGAAGAUGUUGCUCUUCUUUCAGUCAGUUUUGAGGAUACAGAAGCUACUCAGGUUUUUCCCAAACUGUAUCUAUCUCCACGAAUUGAACAUGCUCUUGGAGGAUCUUCUGCUCUGCAUAUCCCUGCUUUUCCAGGUGGCGGCUGUCUCAUUGAUUAUGUGCCCCAAGUGUGCCAACUGUUAACCAAUAAGGUGCAGUAUAUUAUUCAGGGUUACCAUAAAAGAAGAGAGUAUAUUGCAGCAUUUCUUAGUCACUUUGGAACUGGUGUGGUAGAAUAUGAUGCUGAAGGUUUCACAAAGCUCACCCUGUUGCUGAUGUGGAAAGAUUUUUGCUUCCUUGUUCACAGUGAGUAG